AUUAGAAAUUACUUCAUAGAUGUGUGAAUGAAUCGUGUUUGUAUUAUUGAAGUAUUUCCACUGACUUGACAGUGACCCAAGUAUGUAGUAUGCCCAUUGUAUUCGGUUGUAUUUUAGGAUGACGUAUGGGUGAACCUCUAAGCAUGAAGACUACUGGGUUGAACUAUGACAUUAGGAACAAACGACCCGAGAUUCUGCAUCCUAGCUUUUACAUGUGUCACAGCAUUAUCAGCUGUGUUGAGUUCUCCUUGUGAAGAAGCGAACGUAUACGAGAAACUUUGUGUAUUCUGUUCUAUGUCUCCACCUGUCAGUUUUAAUGAUACCAAGACUCAGUGUAAGAGCAAUGAUGUGGAGCUCGAUGUCUUGUCCAUACCUGAGGCAAUCAACCUUCUUCAGUUGCAGACAUUAAGUAACAUUUGCAGACGUGUGACCAACAGCUCCAAAUUGUUCUGGGUGAAGACCGGACUUCAGCAUGACAACCAAUCAAAUCUCCAUGACAGAGCAGACGGCCUAUCAUGCACUGGCCUAGACGCUUUGAACAAUAUGCUAGUGGAAAGCAAUUGUUCCUUUAAGUUUUAUGUGAUAUGUGCAAAAGCUCGAGGUCAAGACCUAACAUCAGUGCCCCAAACAAUUGAAUCUCAAGUACCAGCGGUAACGCCAGAUUUCCGCAUAAUGGUAGGACCACAGACUCCGGCACAUUUUUUCACAGGACCACAGUAUCCCGCACGUUUAUUCACAGAAGAGACAACACCAUUCAGAUCUAUAGAUAGUAAAAAACCUUGCAGCUGGAACUGUUUACGACGACUCUGCCACAACGACACAGGGGCGUGUCUUUCUGGGUGCGUUGGUGACAACACUGGUGACUAUUGCGAUAAAGUGAAAUUCCCGAUAGAAUUGACCAUUAUGUUGUCGUGCUUGCUGGUGCUGGGGAUGGCAGCAGUGACGCUGUUGAUAAGGAAACGUGAUAUCUUCUGUAACUUUGACAUUUACUACGACAAUGCAGAAUGGGACUAUUUUUAGUGCCACUGAAUCCACUAGAAAUACAUUAAAAAAUUACACACUAAAA